CGGUUUCCCGGCCGGGCCGCCCUCAGCGCGGCACGGGGGGCCCCGCCCGCUUCCGCCUGGUGGUGCCCCUCCGACCUGACCCGACCCGACCCGCCCCGCCCCGGGCCGGCCAUGGCCGCCGCCAUCGCCCUGCUGCGGCUGGGACGAGCGGGGACGCGCCAGACUGUGCAGCUGGAAGCAUGGGGUUUUCGAGAUUUUGCUUCCACGGUUUCCGUCCAUGCAAAAUCAGAGAACAGUAAAAAGGAGCGUCUGCCGGAGGAGGCUAAAAAGCAGCGUGCACCAAAGACUUUAAAGAAAGGCGGAACAGUAGCUAGGAAUAACCCUGAGAACACACGACUGACAAAUGAAGAAUUCAGGAAAGCUUUGUCGAGGAAGACAUCCGUGGACUUCCCUCAACGCGCAUCAGCUUCUCCAUUCAGAGGAAAGGGGGUUAGCUCAGCAAAAUCUAGGUCCAGCAAGAAGCUAGAGGAUGACUCAUCUUCGUCUUCAUCAUCUUCUUCCUCCACCUCCUCUGAUUCAGAUUCGGAUGGAGAGGAUAGCACCUCCCACGUUGCAACUAAGCCUCAAAUUUCCUUUAAAACUAAUGUUGAAUUUCCUAGACGCAAGGCCGCCCCCCUCCCCUCCUCCUCCGAGAAAACUAGGAAGCCCCCUGAAGAGAAGAGCCUGAACAAGAAGGCACAGGCAGGUCAUGUCCAUUUGAAAAAAACAGAUCACCUGGGUGUGGAAGCCGCCCCCAUUGAAAAGUUCAAGGCUUUUGAAGAUGCCAGAAAUAAAGCUAAAAUAGGCAAGGCGGAAGAAACAGAUUCUUUUAAGAAAAGGAAUGCAAAAGAAACAUACGCCCAGAGAAGAGAAUUUAACUUUGAAACACUUAGAGAAAAUCAGAAGCCAACAGCAGUCAAACCAACGCUAUCUCACCACCCACAAGCAGGAGCGUUGGCUCAGAUGAAAGGUUCUUUGGCGCCAGGAUUGGAGGAAGAAACCAGAGCAGGGAAGCAACUGGAGCCAGUCCCGCCUCGGACCAAGGAACAGAUUGGGGGAGAAAAGGGGCCAGUGGUAAAUCUGGAAGCAGCAGCGUCCCAAGCCAAAGGUGACAUUUUGGAACCCACAAUCCCAGAAGUGAACCAGGAGGCAGAGGAAAUCAUUCAAGACUCAGCUCAGAGGGAAGAGCAAGGCACAUUACAGGAGCCUGAACCAGCUGCUGAACCUCCUGAGCCAUUUGACAAUUCCACUUACAAGAACCUCCAGCAUCAUGAGUACACAGCGUUUACUUUCCUAGAUUUUAAUUUGGAUCUGUCAAAAUUUCGACUGCCUCAGCCUUCUUCUGGAAAAGAGUCACCCAGACAUUGAGCUCAAAAUUUGAAAGAAAAGCGAUCAGGUUAUAAGUUUGUGAUGCAUUAUGGCUACUUUGUUCCUUCUAUAUAAGUAAACUCAGCUCAACAAUAGCUUGUGCAGCUGCCUUUGAUUUGCUUCACCUAGUUGUCCUUUACUGCAAAUAGUCAAUUAAUUACCCUGCCUGUGACCCUUCUUAGUCACCUUUUGAAAAUAGCCCAGUCUGUUUGGUAGCUACUGGACAUUUGUUUAGUCAUUAUCCCUCCAAAUUUUAACCUUGAUGUUGCCCUCUGAGGUUGGUGCCCCAAAUAUCUCUGCAAGUGAGGUAGUGGACACGCACUGUGUAUAGUAGGUAAUCCAAAGUAUACUGUGCAGCCUCUUUAAGACAAGUGAAGUGGGAUGACUAUCUUCAAAAAAAGGGCAUGAAUAUUAGGUUUCCAUGCUUUAUAGUUCAGUGUGACACAACACCAAACCCCAUCUCCACCUUUUAAUACGGCACAUACAAAAUGGACUUGAUCCAGAUGGUAAAAUUAUUGCAAGUUUGUAGUGGUGUAUUUGGGAGAGAAGUGAAAGCAUAAGUAUCUUAUGACUAAAAUUUUUUUCCUUUUAGAUGGCUACAUGCAGGCUUCCCGAGCUAAUUAAGCUGUCAAGCAUCUCAAAAUUGCCUAAAUGACUUACCCUUAAUCAGUUGCAAUAACUUCACGUACACUUUGGGGGGGCACAUUUACAGUGUCUACAUGAGGGAAUUGGUGCAAUUUUAUCAAGAAGAUAAUUUUGUUUCACAGUAUGAUAAACAGAGUCAUGGUAAUAAUGGACGUGUAAUGCCAAAAUUCCUGCUGUUUCUACAUUGGAAGCUCCAUUGCUCAGGAUGUGGGUCAUGUUCUAAUACUAGCAAGCAUCUAUAAAAUAAAGACUGUGGUGAAAGUAAAAAA